AUGAGUCCCACGGCGAGUAUUUCCAACGAUUUCGGCAUGCUUCCGAUCAUUUCGGUAGUGGCCCUUUUCACACUCUUUGGCUACCUCAUAUAUCUUGCAUUUCUUCAUCCACUGGCCAAGGUUCCUGGUCCAAAACUAUAUGCCAUUUCAAUCAUUCCUUACAUGUACCAUCUGAAAUCUGGAAAGUGGCAUCGUGUGCUGAAAAAUCUUCAUGACCAGUAUGGUCCAGUGGUGCGCAUCGCGCCAGGCGACGUGUCUUUCAUCAACGGUGAAGCCUGGAAAAUCAUAUACGGUCAUAAGAACGGGACUGUCGGAAAUUUCCACAAAGACACGAGGUUCUUCCCACGGCGUAUUCCGGGAAAGCCCAAUAUCCUCACUGCAGACGAAUCUGACCACAAAAGGAUCCGUCGACACCUAUCUCAUGCAUUUUCAGAAAAGGCAUUGCGGGGGCAAGAGUCAAUCAUGCAAGAGUACGUGAACCUCCUAAUGCGGAAGCUGGGCGAUGAAGUAGAAAGAGGAGCUACGGUUGAUAUGGUGAAAUGGUACAACUUUACCACCUUCGACCUCAUUGGCGACUUGGCAUUUGGCGAGCCAUUUGGGAGUCUCGAAAGCGGUGGCUACCAUCCUUGGGUGGCAAUGAUUUUUGACAUUGUCAAGAUGACAUCGCGUCUCUACAUCUUGAAGCGUAUCCCUGGUCUUGUCUCACUCACGCCUCUUUUUAUACCUUGGAAGCUCCUCAAGGAUGCUCAACACCACUACGAGCUAUGCGAAAGGACGGCUGCGAAACGGAUUGAAACGGGAAACACUGAGAGGGAGGAUUUCAUGUCAUAUAUGCUUCGACACAACGAUGAAAAGGGAGUCACCACCGCUGAAAUCUUGGAGACGUCCAAGGCCGUGAUUCUGGCCGGCAGUGAGACGACGGCAACCCUGCUCUCUGGCUGCACAUACCAGAUGCUUUCCAACCGCCAUGUAUAUGAGAGACUUGUCAAGGAGAUCCGAUCAACAUUCAACUCACCAGAGGAAAUUACCAUGUCUUCUGUUGCCAAUCUAGACUAUACAGCCGCCGUUCUGAACGAAAGCCUGCGAAUCUACCCUCCUGUCCCAGGCGGCAUGGGUCGCUUUGUUCCAGAGGAAGGUACUAUUAUUGAUGGAUAUUGGAUUCCAGAAAAGACGAUCGUUUCUAUUCCCCAUUGGGCUGCCUAUCACUCAGAGUUCAAUUUUGUCGACGCCGACUCUUUUCUACCUGAGCGUUGGCUAGGAGGUGACAAAUUUGCUCUGGAUUCGAGGACCGUAUUCAACCCAUUCUCCGCAGGCCCACGGAACUGCAUCGGAAAAAACCUCGCAUAUGCCGAAAUGCGUCUCAUUCUUGUCCACCUAAUAUGGAGAUUCGAUAUGGAGCUGAUGGCUGACAGCAGAGAUUGGUUCCAACAAGAGGUGUAUCAUCUGUGGCAAAAGGGAAAACUAAAUGUAAAACUCACCCACAGCCAUCAAUAA